GCGUGUCUCUGCUAUAUAAGGAACUCAAACCCUAUUUUUCUUGGUCCUUUGUGGCUCCCCUUCUUCCUUUCUCUUUUCUCUCACUUUUUUUUUUUUUUUGCACACGCACGCACGCCCCGUAUAUUCAAGAAUAGAAAAGGAAAAAAAAAGAGAAACAGAGCUUCUUAUAUGUCUUCAACACAAACAAGUUAUCCUCGAUCCCCGCUUACCGAUGCUUUCUCGUCAUUGCUAAACAACUCCUCUGCGCGUGGUAAGGUCGACAGUCUUGGCAUGUCGGCAGCGGCAGCAGCAGCGGCAGCAGCCGCAGCCGCAGCAUCUUCGUCGUCGCCCGAGCAACAACAACAAUACCCCGUGAAAUCGUCCUCAUCGACACUUCGUCCGCCUUCAUCCGAAGCAACGACGGCUCCUUCUUCGACAAGGACAUUUCAACAGCGCAAUCCACGACCACUCUCCGAGGUGAUCCGGCCAGAAAGCUAUAUUUCUCCCGAAACCGAGGCACUCGACAAAUGGUUCGAGGAUCUGCAGGAAUACGAGCAAAAUCUAGAGAGCAUGGCGUCAGCGAGUCUCGACACGCGGUUCAAGGACGAGCUGCAGCAUGUUGACCAGUGGUUCAGCUACCUGAACGAAGCAGAACGGACAGCCACGGUGUAUAGCCUGCUGCAGCAUUCCAACCAGGUGCAAAUCCGGUUUUUCAUCACUGUCCUGCAGCAGAUGGGCAAAAAGGAUCCUGUCGGUUCCCUUUUGUCUCCUGCCCAUCCUGAAAAGUCGGAUAUGCAAGCUCAGCUGGCCGGUGCCAUGGCAAAAGCAGAACUCGAGGCAAGUCAGAAGCUCCUCUCUGUGUUGCCCUAUCGAACCGGUCAUUCCUCCGCAGCCAUCGCAGCAGCAGCAGCAGCAGCACGCAACGUGGAUAGACACUCGUUUGCUCUUGGCGAAGCAGAUGAACACCGGUUGCUCAGCAGUCUUGGCCCAGACUUUUUAGCGUCGUCUCGGCCAGCGUCGACAAGUUUUGGCAGCAUGAUGGAACCAGAUCCGUUCAGCCGAGCAGCAGCAGCUGCUGCUGCUACACAGUCGUCAUCGUCUUCCUCCUCCUCCGCACGAUUGAAGCCAACGCGGGCCAUGUACAACAAUGUAUCCAGUGCAAGACCCAGAUCGGUGAUCGAGGGCGAUCUGUCGUCCAUCUUUAGUAGCAAUGGUGGUGGCGGCUGGUCAGGCUUUGCUGGUGGAAACAGCAACAGCAAUAACAAUGGUGGAAAUGGAACACGCAAACCCACUACUGCAGGUGGUGGUGGCAUGGUGGGUGUGCAAGACCCUCACAGGACAAGCACCGGUCGCCCUAAAUCAGCUGAUAUUUCCAAUUGGUCGUUUGGUGGUUUAUCCGGUGAUCAUCAUCCAGCUGGAGGAAACGGCGGUGGUGGUGGCGUGAAUGCGUCAUCAUCGUCGCCAUGGGGAAGCUUGUCGCCUACCAUGAGCACUUUCAGCGAACAUGCCAAAACCAUUGAACGACCGAGCUCGGCUUCGGACAUUGACCAGCUGGCAAUGCUUACGAAUAAUUGGAAGGUACAAGCAGGAGCAAGGAACGUGAUUUUGAAUGAUGACACGAAACGGUUCCCGCGGAGACGAAACCCUGCAACCACUAGUGCUGCUGGCAAGGCAACCAGUAUUCCAGGAACCGUACCUGAAUCGGAUGAGCGGUCACAGCAACAGCAAAACCAGGUGGCAGAUAUCGUCUUGUCCAUGUAUGAUAAUAAUGGUCCUGUGCCGCAAAAGAGUACGAGCACGAAUAGUUUUGGUGGCGCAGCUGCUACAAGCACAACAACAGCAACAAAACGCAUGUCUCGUCCAACAUCCCCUGUCCCAACAGCAUCAAAUUCGGCGAGCUUGUCUCCUUACUGGGACAGUAAUCACCCUCGUAGUCCCCGUCAACAGCAUAAUCAGCAUCAUCAUUCUCAUUCGCGAGGGCAGCAGCAACAGCAACAGCAACAACAACAACAACAGCAGCAGCAGCAGCAGCAGCAGGGCAACUUUGGCCGGUUCUUGAAUCCAAACGAUCUUGUUGAAGGAGAUUACGAUUAUUUAAGCGACCAUAGCGAGUCAUCCAAUGUCAGUGGCAGAAACAACUAUCAUCCACGAUUCAAUAACAACAAUAGAAAGAAAUUUGGUCAACGCGGCGGUGGCGGUAGUGGUGGCGGUAGUGGCAAUAAUCAAGGUGCCAAGGAGAAAAAGUACACGGAUGUGGUGGAUAUGCAACUGCUAGAAGAUAUCCCUAGUUGGCUGAGGAUGUUGAGGUUACACAAGUAUAAUACGAUAUUCGAAACGAUGAAAUGGCAGGACAUGGUCAAAUUGGAUGAUGACGCAUUAAGCGCCAAGGGUGUGGCUGCACUAGGUGCGCGACGAAAGAUGCUCAAAGUAUUCGAGCAGAUCAAGCAGCACUGUGACAAAAAUGAUAUACCCUAUUAAUUCUAUUCGUAACCCACUUCCAUCGCCACCAACAACGACACUUUCUUUCACUCCGGUUACUUUCCUUUCCGACUCAGCUGUCGUCCAUUCUCACUUUUUCCUAUAACAUAAGGACAUAUCACACACAUAGCCUGGUUCUGUGAAUUUGUUCUUUGUAAACGGUGUCAGAAUAUCCCUAUUUCCUUUCUUCCUUGUGUGUGGUUUGGUAAAUAUUCCCCUCUUCUCUUCUCUUUCCUUCCUUCGAAUAGGUGUCAAAUAAAUUCUUCCGUCUCCCUCUCCCCACCCUUCCUUCCUCAAAUCAUACAGUCAAUUUAGAGAGCGGAUAAACAACACAAAAUGAGUGGUGAUGCUUAUUUUACGGGAUGAUGGUAUGAUUGACAAAGGGCGUGUAUAUUCUAUUGAGAGACUUUGAGAAGAAAAAGUACAUAGCCACAUAGUAAUAAGUGCUUGUAUUGAAGGAUUGGCUAGAGUCUGUACGCAUUCAUGCACAAGGUAAAGCU